GUGAGAUCUUCCUCGAUGGCGGCUCAGCGUUCGAGGGCGGCUGCAGCAAGUUCACGAGUGUUGGUUGGGCGGCCGUCGCUCUACAUCCUCGGGCUGAGAUCUUCGCCACGGGCGUCUCGGGUGUGCGGUGUGAGCCGCUGGUCGACAUCAACGGCGGUGAACUGUCGGCCUUGAUAGCGGUGCUCAGGUUCGCGCUCCCGCCAAUCACCGCGGUCGUGGAUAGCAACUUCGUGUCUCUCGGGCUCACCCAGCUGGGCGAGGAGCGCACGACCUCCCACGGCUAUGCGUGGGCUCACAUCUGGCAGGAGGUCUACCGGGUGAUGAGGGAGUUCGGCGCGCUGUGCGCAGAAGGCCUCACGGUUCGGAAGGUGCCUGCUUAUCUGGCGCGGAGUCGCAUCGUCGAGGGCAGCAUAACCUUCAGGGACUGGUACGGCAACAAGCUGGCAGACCAGGCGGCCAGGAGCGCGGCUGCGCACGGCAGGCUGGGGUCGCGUGAGCAGCAGCGGCUCCGCCACUCGCUGAAGACCGUGGCUAAGGCGGAGUCGGUCCCGCGGCUCCCCUGCCAGCUGCGCGGCCCAGAUGAGAAGAGGUGGUGCUCGGUCUGCCGCUGCGUCGAGAGACGAGGCGAGAGCCCUGGCAGCAUCGACAGUGCCGCCCUCGCCGCCAAUGCCGCGUUCAAGGAGAAGAGCCUGCUGUAA